AAAGUGAUGGUCUCCGGGCAAACAAAAGAGGUGUCAAAGGUAUUCAAGGCCUAUGGCGGCAACGAGUUACCAGUUAUCGGCGCAUUUACAGCGAUCGUACAACUCGGUGAUCACAGCAGGCCGGCUGAAUUUUACGUUGUGCAGGGGAGCGGAAAGAUUUUGAUUGGUCGAGAUACUGCUACAGAGAUGGGAGUCUUGAAGAUUAGCACAUCUGUCAACAAGGUUGAUGCGGGACCACCAGCAACUGCUGAAAAUCAACCAUCCACUACAGUUGAACGUCCAUCAAACAUCAACGAACCACCGUCAUCUCAUCUGGGUACCAUCAAAGAUGUGAUUGUUGAUAUCCCAAUCAAUCCAGAGGUCACGCCGGUUAUUCAGCCGUACCGGCGCAUACCAGUGGCACUAGAAAACCUGGUUGAUCGAAAAAUUGAUGAGCUGUUGGCCCAAGGCGUCAUCGAGAAGGUUAACGAACCAUCCAAAUGGGUGUCUCCGAUGGUCGUGGUGCCCAAAGGUGACGACGUACGCAUAUGUGUCGAUAUGCGUCGGGCCAAUGAGGCUGUUGCGAGGGAGAACCAUCCAUUACCAACCAUUGAAGAUUUUUUGCCACACCUGGCAAAAGCGAAAGUGUUUUCCAGACUGGAUGUCAAGAACGCAUUCCACCAGGUCGAAAUAUCGCAGAAGUCCCGAGAGAUAACAACUUUUAUCACGCGUCGAGGGCUGUACAGAUACACCAGGUUGAUGUUUGGAAUCAACUGCGCCCCUGAGUUGUUCCAGAAAAUGAUGGAACAGAUUCUAUGUGGGUGCGAAGGCUGCGUUAAUUUCAUUGACGACGUUAUAGUAUUCGGGGCAGACCAAGAGGAACACGAUGCACGGUUGCAAAUGGUUCUUCGUAGGAUGAGUGAUAUGAACGUUUUGCUGAAUAAUAGCAAAUGCGUUUACGGUGUAACCGAGCUUAAAUUUUUGGGACAUUUUUUGUCAGACAACGGAAUUACACCGGACUCUGACAAAUUGGAGUCGAUUAAAAAUUUUCGUGAGCCAAAAACUGCCGAGGAAACCAGAAGUUUUUUGGGCCUAGUAAAUUACGUUGGGAAAUUCAUCCCAAACCUGGCCACCCUAACGGAGCCUCUUCGACAGUUAACUAGACAUCAGAGCAAAUUCGUAUGGAAUCGAGAACAUCAAACAGCAUUCGAAGAACUCAAGCGGCAUUUGAUGAAUCCGUGCACGUUGGGCUACUUUGAUGGGGAUGAUCGUACACAGCUGAUUGCGGAUGCUAGCCCUGUUGGGUUAGGGGCCGUGCUUAUUCAAAUCAACGACAAAGGUCCCAGAAUAAUUUCGUAUGCGAGUAGGAGUUUGACGGAUGUAGAGAAACGGUAUGCACAGAUAGAAAAGGAAGCGUUAGCGCUUGUCUGGGCCGUUGAACGGUUCCAUUAUUAUCUGUUCGGUCGUUCUUUUGAUUUGAUUACCGACCACAAACCUUUGGAGGCAAUUUUUGGGCCGAAAUCGAAACCAUGUGCGCGGAUAGAAAGGUGGGUGGUUCGAUUGCUGACAUACAAGGGAAGAGUCAUCUACCGCCCCGGAAAAUCGAACAUUGCGGAUCCUCUAUCGCGACUGGCAGUUACCUCAGAGCAGAGCGGAAAGCCAUUCGAAGAAUAUACGGAACAUUACGUGAAUUGGGUUGCGAUUAACGCUGCUCCAGUCGCGCUGAAGUUGACGGAAAUUGAACAGGAAUCUGAACGUGAUGAAGCAAUUAAAGCAGUCGGAAUUGGUUUGCAACAGGGAGAAUGGUGUGAAGCUGCUACUCCGUUCAAGCUUUUCUGUUCUGAGCUAUGCUUUGCUGGGAAAAUUUUGCUCCGUGGAACUAGAAUGGUCAUCCCUGAGAACCUGAGAGCGCGGACCCUAGAUUUGGCUCACGAGGGCCACCCGGGAAUGACGAUAAUGAAACAGCGACUGCGUGCUAAGGUGUGGUGGCCAAAAUUGGACACUCAAGUCGAGAAGUAUGUCAAAGGCUGUCGUGGAUGCGCAUUAGUGGCAGCGCCUGCACCACCAGAGCCUAUGAAGCGAAAAGAGUUACCAUCGCAACCUUGGCAACAUGUUGCUAUCGAUUUUCUUGGGCCACUCCCAUCCGGACAUUAUCUGUUCGUGGUAGUCGACUACUUCAGUCGAUAUAUCGAAGUUGAAAUAAUGAAGAAAACAGACUCCACUGAAACAAUUAAGCGCUUGUCGACAAUUUUCGCUCGAUUCGGACUUCCGGUUACAGUUACUGCUGAUAAUGGCCCGCAAUUUACCAGCGAGGAGUUUCGGAACUAUUGUGAAUCUAGUAACAUCAAGUUGAUAAGCACUACGCCCUAUUGGCCGCAGCAAAACGGCGAGGUGGAGCGGCAAAAUAGGUCGAUAUUGGAGAGACUCUCCAUCAGUCAAGCCACAAACACAGACUGGUUAAGUGAACUUAACAAAUAUUUGCUCAUGUACAGAUCCUCCCCACACUCGACGACGGGAAAAACUCCAUCGGAGAUGCUGUUUGGCUACAAUAUUCGCGAUAAGGUUCCUUCUAUUAACCAGCCAAAAGAAAUCGACGAAGAAACGGCCGACAGGGACAGAGAAAAAAAGGAGAAGGGAAAACUAUAUGCCGAUGAACGACGAAAUGCCAAACCAAACUCUAUCACAGAAGGCGACAAGGUACUUGUCAAACGGAUGACGAAACCUAACAAAUUAGCUACGACGUUCGAGCCCGUGGUCUAUGAUGUCAUCAAAAGGAAAGGAGGAGAUGUAGUAGUGGCAUCAGAAGACACGGGUACAGCAUAUCGGAGACAUGUUUCUCAUUUGCAACGAGUUAUUGGUGAAGGCGAGCCUGGAGGUACGUGCGUCAACCCGUCGAAUCUUCAAGGGAGCGGAGCUACAAAACGAAGUGCUGUUGAUUUACCCGAAACAGAAUCCAGAUCAAAACGACCAACGCGGCAACCAGGAUAUUUGCGAGACUAUGUGUAAAGUUUGAUUUUGAUUAACAAGUUAAAAUAUAAUAAAAAGAGAAAAGUGAUGUAGUAUCGUAACGCUUAUAUGUAACCCCUAUUUAAUGUUUGCCGGUUUUGAUGUCUAACUCUAAGAGCUGUGGCAGUACAAGAAUAGACGAAUAAAGAGCAGAAGUGUUUGAGAGACCGAAUGA